CUUGUUUUCAUGCUGUUUAGGAAAACACAGACGAUAUGAAUAUCUGAAGGUCGCGUAUGCCUUGAGAUGAUCGGUGUUGUGCCCGAUAGUUUAAGGUUAGUAGUUCAUGAUCUCAUCACAAAAAUCCUUACUACAAAUCGAUGUGAAUCGUACUCAUCUGAUUCCGUGAAGCAAUUUUAUUCAUUUGGUGAGAAUUUGUUCACGUGUUCUUCCAAGCCAGCAUCAUUAUCAGAAGUAGAGGCUCAGCUGUUUUCGAUUCUGCAAAUAGAUGGAAGAGAUAUUGAUUCAGUUAAACUCAAACGCCUGCUAAGAAUCUUACAUAACUUGGUAAAUUUUCAGCAUUUUUAUUUUUUCAGCCUUCUGUCAGACGAAAGGCAGAAAUUUUGGAGUUUUUCUACCAGCUUUCUAGCCACAAUUAUUAUCGAGCUGAUAUCCCGUCUGUUUCUGAAAGCUUAUUUCGAAAUCCGAACUUUUUUAAUAAUGGAUCAAGUGGUUUCGUGUCCGAUUUAAUAUCUCACUCUUCCGUCCAACCGAAAUCCAAACCCCCUACUCCAACUGUGAGGUCUACCAUAAGAUCUGGCGAUUCAUCGAAUUCAGCAACAGACCAUUUAGUUAAUUUAUGGGGGCCUUCAGCUAGUGAUUCAUAUAAACCUCUUUCAAACAGUAAUCUUAAUCGUCGUUUCCUUAGUCAGCGUAUCAAGAAUUCAUCACUACCCAAAGCUGCCAGUCGAACAACGGUUUCGGAAUCUGAUCUCCUACGUGAACUAGUAUUUGUACUAAAUGGUGUUGGAGGGAAUCUAAUUAAAUUUAAUCAUAUACAGGAUUCCUUCAGAUUAGUAUCAACUGCAAAUGUGGCUGUCGGUCAACAAGAUUCAAUUCAUAGGAUAGCUGAAUGCGGAUGGUUACAUAAUAAAAUUAAACAAUUUAUAAGUCGUGCUCGAAAUGAUAGAUCUGCUGGGACUAUUGUACAAAGUUUUGCUUCUGGCUUACAUGAACACUUAACUGAGUAUUACCGUCUAGUCGCCACUUUAGAAUCACAACUGAAUCAAGAUAAACAUGAUUUCUCCGGAGAUCAUCAUACUAAUCAAUCUGAUCAAGGCACAGACUAUGGUAGAUCACUAGAAAAUAUUGCAAGUUUUAUGCAUGGUGAUGUUGGAGGCUUGGAUUCUCAUGUCGAUCGUACCAGUGAUCAUCAGUCAACCUCUUCGUUGUCUUUUGUCCAACCGUUGACAUUAACUCGGUUGGUUUUAUGGACUCAAGAGCCUCGGUUGAGACUACGAUUUCUAGCCAGCUUAUGUGAUGUUUGUCAUGGUUUAAGUGGUGGAGCAUUAGCAUCUGAAGUGUUUGCUUAUACACUUCAUGGCGAUCCUGAAGUAGCGUUGAUUAUGCGACAUUUAAUGUCCAAUAUUGCUUCCAGUUUGUUACAUUUUAUUAGUCAAUGGAUUUAUGAUGGUCAUCUAGACGAUCCAUAUCAAGAAUUCUUUGUUGAAUCAGAUACGUCAGUGAAAAUGGAUCGUUUAUGGUAUGAUAAAUAUAAUCUUCGGCAUAAUAUGAUUCCAAGAUUUAUCACUUCAAGCCAAGCAAAUAAGAUUCUUGUCACUGGUAAAUCGAUCAACUUUUUAAUUCAUGUUUGUGGCGAAAAACAAGGCAUUAAAAAUCGUGAAUCUAUUCGUCAUACACGUUUAAAAAAGGUUGAAUCCAUGUUUGAACAAGAUUUGGAUCAAUCAUUUGAUCAAAUGAUAUCUACUGUAUAUAAACAAACUAGUCAACAUUUAUUAGAAACAUUAAUAGGACGUUAUCAUUUUCUAGAUCAUUUAAGAGCUACAAGACAAUUUUUACUCUUAGGACAAGGGGAUUUUAUUCAACAUCUCAUGGAUUUGUUAGAUUCAAAUUUAAAUAAACCAUGUUCACAAAUACUACUUAGUCGAUUAAGUGGUAUAUUGGAGACAGCUAUACGCGAUACUAAUGCACAAUAUGAGCAACCGGAAAUUCUUCAACGCUUAGAUGUUCGUUUACUGGAUAUAUCAACAGGUCAAGAUACUGGAUGGGAUAUAUUUUCGUUGGAUUAUCAUGUCGAUGGUCCAUUGGCUACAAUAUUUACUGAUAAUUGUCGUUUUAUGUAUUUAUUUUCAUUUAAUUUUCUUUGGCGUGCUAAACGUAUGGAAUUUACAUUAAGCAAUUUAUGGAAACAACAAUUAUGUGCAACACGUUUAGGUUAUGGUCUACAAAUUGAUUUAUCAUUAGUAUUACAUUUAUUACAAUUAUUCGGUGCAGAAAUACGACAUUUUAUUCAACAGCUACAAUAUUAUAUUAAUUUUGAAGUUUUAGAAUGUGCAUGGGAAAAUCUUGUCAAACAAGUACAUUCCGCUCAAGAUUUAAGUGACGUUAUUAAAGCCCAUCAAGCGUUCUUAUCAAAUGUAUUUACAAGAUGUCUAUUAGAUGCUGAGUCACGUCAACUUCUUGGUCAGUUACGAGCGAUAUUUAAUUCAAUCUUAGAUUAUGCUCAGUUACAUCAAGAUUUUAAUAUAACUGCCAUGCAUGAGAAUGGUAUACGUGAAAAAUAUGCAUCUGAAGUACAACGUGCUGAACGGACUGGUCAUUGGGGUACUGAUCGAUUACGAGAAGAACAAGAGUCAUUUAGACGUAAAGAGUUUGUCGAUAGUAAACUUGCUCAUUUACAAGCUCGAAUUCGUAUUCAAGCUGCUGCAUAUCGUGCUAAUCUUAUCAAGUUCAUCGAUAUGUUGUCAAAUCAUACAGAUCCUAGUUUACGUUUAUUAGCAGAACAUAUAAAUUUCAAUGGACAUUAUUGUACUUCAACACCUGGUUCAUCUUGUACCACUAGUGGAUCAAUAACAUCCGGUUAUCCUUCACUGAUACAUCAUCAAAAAUAUCAAUCAACACAUCAUCAACAACAACGCAUACAAUCACUUUCAUCAACACCACCGCCUCUGCCGUCGUCAUCAACUCAACCUACAUCACAACACGAAGAACAAAACAAGACUAAAUACAGUAAUAUAAUCAUCUUAAAAAGUGCAUUACCAUAUUCUGGUUCUGUAACACCAAGUUCACCAUCAUCAUCAUUAACAAUUGGUUCAAAACAAACAGAAUCCGGUGUAUCACAUUUAAGUGAUUUAGAAUGUAGAAAAAAUUCCAGUGCAUCUGAUGAAUAUAGAGAAUUCACUUUACAUCCGAAAUAGACAAAAAAAAGAUAAUUGAACAAGAAAAACAAAACUAUGUAGAUCUGAGCCAUUUACUAUUCCUAUUGUUUAUUAUUAUUAUUAUUAUUAUUAUUAUUAUUAUUAUUAUUAUUAUUAUUAUUAUUAUGUAAUGUAACUACAUUUUUAUUCUAUCCUUAUUUCCAUUUUCCUCCUCUUUAUGAACUUGCUCAAACCUAACAAAAUAUAUCAUUGAUGUUAAUGAUAUAUAUUUGCUCAUUGUUACCAUAAUAGUUUUAUUUUACAAUUCCAUACAUAUGUAUAUAUCUAUAUGUAUAUACAUGUUUCCCCCUAUAUGUGUAUAAUUGUUUGUUCGUGUAGAUCAAUAUUUGCAUCUCUUUCUUCUUUUGUCCUUCUCAAUAAUUCCAUCCAAUAUAGAUGGUUGUUCUCUAUGUCUUUAUUUAAUUUAUUUAAAUAUUUGUUUGACUAAUUAUGUCAAUUAACAAGUAUUAUUUUAAAAUAAAUAAUUAAAGUCAUA